UGAAGUACUAUGCAUAUAAUAUAUACAUAUGCGUAAUAGGUUUUACAUACAUACAAAGAAUUGUAAGUGUCAAGUAGACACAUUGUGUGUCAAGAUUAUAAUUAUCAGAAGAAUUUUGUUUACUAAUGGUUGCAGUUUACGUUGAUUAUUUGUGAUUUGUUAACUUAUGAAAGAAAAUCUUGUAUAAUUAAUUUUAUACACUAUUGAGGUUUAUUUUGAAACCAUAAUUUAGGAUUAAUUGUUUUUAAUACAAUUAAACGAUGGGAUCGCUAACAAGUCGACAGAAUGCUGGUGUGGAAGAAGUUGAUAUUGUUUCAAAUCAUGCAUAUAAAUAUCCUCCACGUUCUGGAAGUUAUUUUGGCAGUCAUUUUAUAAUGGGUGGUGAACGAUUUGAUACACCUCAACCUGAGGCAUAUUUAUUUGGAGAAAAUGCUGAUUUAAAUUUCUUAGGAAGCAGACCAACACCUUUUCCAUAUCCUCCACCACAAGCAAAUGAUCCUACCAAAACAUUAAAAAGUUUAGUAAACAUAAGAAGAGAAUCAUUGAGAUUAGUUCGUAAUGUUGAUCAAACUGCCACUUCACCUCAGUGUCAUAAUGUGAAGCAUUAUGGAGAUGGUGAUAUUGAUAAAAAGCCAAAUCGUUAUAAUAUUGAAUUUACAUUUGAUUGUGAUGUAAGAUGUGCAAUUACAAUAUAUUAUUUUUGUACUGAGGAAGUUACAACUAAAGGUGUUACGUAUAUACCAAGAGAUUCUUCUAUGAACUCUGAAACAUAUUAUUACAAAAAAGGGGCAAAUCAAUUAUUUUCUCAGACAUCACACAUAUUUGACCCCACAGUAUAUAAUGAAGAAGAUUUAACAUAUAAUGCUGACAGAGAAAUAAUACCAAUAGCAAUCCAUUGUGUAGCAGAGGAAGGCUCAGAUGAACCAAAGCAGUCUCAUACAACAAUUGCAGUUGUUGAAAAACAUUCAGAUGGAACAUAUGUAUUAAAGGCUCUUAAGCAAAAACUCUAUGUUGAUGGUCUUUGUUAUUUACUUCAAGAAAUAUAUGGAAUUGAAAAUAAAAAUGCAGAAAAUGCAAAACAACAAGGUAGUGAUGAAGAUACAGAUGAUAAUGGAUCAGAAUGUGUUAUUUGUAUGUGUGAUGUACGAGAUACUUUAAUAUUACCAUGUAGACAUUUAUGUCUAUGCAAUAAUUGUGCAAAUUCUCUUCGAUAUCAAGCUAACAAUUGUCCAAUAUGUCGUGCUCCUUUUAGAGCUCUUCUUCAAAUUAAAGCGCUUCAAAAAGCGACUGGGUCUAUUAUAUCAAAUCCACCAGUACCAGAGGGAAGCUGUGAAAACAUUCCAGCAGGAUAUGAAGCUGUGUCAUUAAUAGAAGCUUUAAAUGGACCAUACAUUCCAAGAACGGCUGCUCUUGCACCAGAAUCCCCAGACACACCUGAUACAGAUACAGCCAGUGCAAUUCAAGCAGCUGAAGCGUUAAAUAGAUCUGUAGAACGUACUCCCGUAUCAAAACAUGUAUCUACAAAAGAAACAGAUAUAUCUGCAAGAACAAGUGGUACUGCAUGUCCCACACCAGAAUUUCGGAUGUCAGUAUUUUUAGCUAAAUAUGAGCACUCAGGAUCGGAAAAAGAUCUUCACAGUCGAUCUCCAGCAAUGAGAAUGAAAACUUCAGGACACUUACGAGAAAAAACUGCGUUAAGAUCUCGGGAUACUCUGAGACUUGUUAAUGAAAAACAACCUGUUUCUAUGUACGAGGGUCAAGGACAAGAUGAAGAUAGUGAGGCAGAGAAAUUGUCUCCUUUACUGGAUGUAGCAACCAGUACAGAAGCACUUGAUAAUCACAGUCACGGAAUGUGUGAUAUAGACAUUGAGGAUGAAAUCCAAAACACCGAAAAUGAAAACGAUAUUAAUAUUACAUGUCAUCCUCAUUAAACGUGUAAAAAUAAUUUACAAUGUUCGUUAUAAAAUGUAUAU